AUGCCAGAUAUCUCGAAGAAGAUAGACAUAACUUGGCAAAUUCUAGAACAUGCCUUCGACUUCAAGGACUACAGCAUCGGCUUAUUAUUGGACAGUCUGCAGGAAGCCGAAGAUCAACGACGAAAGGCAAACGGUGCCCAUGUAGAGAUAAUCGAUCGAUCGUUAGAAAUACACGAAACUCGACUAACAGAUGCCGACACGCUCUUCUAUGGAAAUGUGAAAACGGCGUUAGCCGAUAAAACCUUUCAGUUUGAAAAUAUCAAUUAUUAUCGAAAUAAGAAAGAAACUGCUUUACGAAAAAUUAACUUGCUCUUAAAUCAUCGAGGUGAAAAUGCAUCGACUGUCGCGAGAAGUACUGCCAUUAGUAAAAUCAACACAUUCGUGGAAGAUAGAGAAAACGAAAAAAGGAUAGUUACAACGCAGCUUCAAAAAAGAUUAGAGAAUCUAUGGAACGAUUUGCGAAAUGUUUUUUCUGAUUAUCGUAAAAGUACAGAAGAUCGACGAAAAGGUUACGAGAUCGUCAGAAAAAAGGAUCAGAUCGAUCAACGAAUGAUAAGUCGACAGAAUAUGCGUAUCGCGAUUCUUCUCGACGAGAUCAUGAAAUUUCGUAGCAAGAUUAAUUCUUACAAGAUAGAAUCUAUAAUUGAACUACAAGAAAUGACAAAAGAAUCAAAUUUCUUUUAUAAUGCCUAUCGAGAGACGAAUGAACGUUUUAUCUUUGGUACAUAUAAAGAUAAACAUAAAACAAUGAUGAUGUCUAAGGAAUAUAAUCAUAGUGUAAAAUACAUAAAAGAUUUGAUGAUCAAAGCUGAACGUAUACUCGCUUAUAUGCAAAUGUGUCGAAAAUACGAGACACAAGAUGAAAAAGUACUUCCAACGAUUGAUGAUCAUCCUAUGCAAUUACCGACAAUCGAUAACAAUAUCCUUCCACUUCAAACAACUAUGAAUGACUUUCAAUAUCUCACUAAUUUUUGGCGUCGACUAAAUUUUGCGCAAAUAAUCACAAAAGAAUUACAUACAGAAAAAUGCCAGUUACUGAUACAAGCGAACUAUUUACGAAAAUUGAUGAAACGUUACCUUAUCGAUGAGACAAGUCCGAUGUAG